ACAAUGCAUCACUCACCAAACCUCUUCUAAAUUUCGUGCUCUGUAUAUAUAAUUAUCUGUGUACAACAUAGAUAUUAUAUAUACAGUGAGAAAUAUGGCGAUUGAGGCUAUUGAGCAGGUUAAAUAUAUCGAAAAUGAUGGUAACAAUGGCUUGGAAGAUUUAGAACAGCCAUUUCUUGAGGCCAAGACAGCAGUGCAUUCUGAUGAUGAAAAGACUGCUAGUGGAGCUAUUUGGGUGGUUUUGUUUAGUACCCUUGUUUCUGUCUGUGGAUCUUUCGAGUUUGGCUCAUGUGUGGGAUACUCUGCACCUACUGAAUCUGGUAUUAGAGAAGAUUUGGAUUUGACACUGGCCCAGUUUUCCAUGUUCGGAUCACUAGUAACCGUUGGUGCGACGAUUGCUUCCUUUACAUGUGGUGCUGUUACUGAUUUUAUAGGGCGAAAAGGGGCUAUGAGAAUGGCAGCUGCUUUCAGCGCUGCAGGAUGGCUGGUUAUCUACUUGUCCAAGGGAGCUUUACCACUUGAUAUUGGGAGAUUCCUGACAGGAUACAGCGUAGGGAUCUUUUGUUAUGCGGUGCCUGUUUACAUAGCAGAAAUAGCUCCUUCCAAUAUCCGCGGAGCGCUCACUACUCUCAAUCAGCUCAUGAUUUGUAUUGGCUCAUCUCUAGCAUUUAUAUUGGGAACUAUAAUAACAUGGCGAAACCUAGCUUUAACCGGGCUUGUUCCUUGCAUUGUGCUGCUUGUGGGCUUAUUCUUUAUUCCAGAAUCCCCUAGAUGGCUGGCGAAAGUAGGACUAGAGAAAGAAUUUGAGGUUUCGUUGCAUAGACUUCGUGGAAAAAAUUCUGAUAUUACCGCUGAAGCUGCUGAAAUUAGAGCUAAUGUUCAAAGGUUGAAAAAACUUUCUAAAGCCAAAAUAUCUGACUUGGUUGAGGCCGAAUACAUUCGUUCUGUCAUAAUUGCUGUUGGAUUGAUGAUAUUCCAACAAUUUGGAGGAAUAAAUGGUAUAAGUUUUUAUGCCAGUGAUAUCUUUGUAGAAUCUGGCCUUACUGGCAAUAGUGGAACCUUGACUUAUGCAGUAAUUCAGGUGCCAGUAACUAUGAUCGGAGUAGUACUAAUAGACAAAUCUGGAAGAAGGCCACUUCUAUUGGUAUCGGCGACUGGGACGUUUUUUGGUUGUUUCCUAACUGGAACAGCUUUCCUUCUGGAGGGUCAAAAUAUGUUGCUUGAAUGGGUCCCUAUACUAGCAGUCUCAGGUGUACUGAUUUAUGUAGCGACAUAUUCAAUCGGAAUGGGAGCAGUUCCUUGGGUGAUGAUGUCUGAGAUAUUUCCACUACAUAUAAAGGGUCUCGGUGGUAGCAUGUCAGUGCUGAUAAAGUGGCUUGGUGCCUGGUUAGUGUCAUACACUUUCAAUUUUCUCAUGAGCUGGAGUUGCCCUGGUACAUUUUUUGUUUUUGCUGGAGUUUCUGCUCUUACGUUACUGUUUGUGGCCAAGUUAGUACCAGAAACAAAAGGAAAAACACUGGAAGAGAUUCAGGCUAUUAUCAACUCUUAGCUCAGCAGGCAUCGAAGAUCUGAAUCCAUAACCCACGAAGCUUAAUUUAGUAAAUGCAAUGACUAAUGUUAUAUUAUUUGUAAUGUCAUGGUUUGUUAGCAUAUAGUAGCAGUAUUGUUGUAGUGUUCUGUUGAGAGAAUAUUUAAAUUUUUUUACCUUGAGCAAUAUAAUUUUUUACGAAAGAUGUCAUCUGCCAGUAACUUAA